CGCGUGAAUCAGUAACCGACGCCUUGUCUUACGGUGUGGAUGUUUUUGCCCUUAUGCUACAUAGAUAUUCCACGCGAUGCCAUAUGCGAGUUGACUUUUGCCACUAAUUUCUUUCGGAGGACCUUAGUGAAAUCUAAAAUUCAGUGAGUGAUAUCCUGAGAAAUCCCUCCGGAAAUUUGUCAGUGAACUCAAUAUUGGGUAAUGUGUAGAAAGAAGUGCUAAUAAAGUGGGUUGAUCAACUAAAUUUUCAACCGAAAUAACAAUCACUUUUAAUCAUUCAAUUAACUAAGUUAGUGAAUUGUCCAGAGUGAGAGCGAGAAGAAAAGAUCCAUCUCGAGUGUUUGAAUUUGCAGAGACAAGAACUCUCUGAGCUAGUGGUCGAAUCUUUAUUGAAGCAUUAUUAUUGAUUAAUUAAAAUUAAUUUUCAUCAUUUGGUGCUUAUUGCUUUUCACAAAUUGACACCAAUUGUGAGCAUACAAGCAAGUUCACAAGCUAAGAAUUUUUCAGACGCGGGAAAAAUUUCCACUCAACCGUGAUGCCCAAAGACAAUUCUCAAUAGCAUCACGAAAUUAAUCAAGUUAAUCGAGAUUAAUGAAACAAGAUCUUUAAAAAAAGCCGGAUUUACUUGAGUUUCACAAAUAAACUUGCAAUUGUUGCUACCGUUGCUACAGACAUUUUUAAAAGUGUUUUAUUUUAUAAGUUGAACUGCUGCUGCACGAAGAUCAGCUAUUCGUUAAGAUUUGUCGUUAAGUUCUUUAAUCCUGUAAAUUAGGUAAAACAUCAAGUUACUGAAGAACAUUUUUAGACUGUGCUAUCAAAAAGUUUGUGUGAAACUAAUAAAAUACAAAAGUGAAAUAUCUAUAUUGAGAUAAACUUACAAGUUCUAUAAUAGAGGUCAGAGAACUUUUAAUAUUUUUGACACUGGGACGAAAUCUGCUCAAAAUUUUGAAAAGCAAUUAAGACGAACUCGUUUGCAUAAAAGUGACCCAAUUUGGUGUACUUUCCCAAGACAUAGAGGUUAGAGGCCCGAGUUCAGAAACCUCCGUCAACUUUCUUGCCGCCAAAACAACGACACAGUGGAAAAACCUCAAGGAGAACCAAUUUUGAACGCUUCCGACGAGUCGGGAUGCGAGUCUGAUAUGGCUGAGGGUUGCGAGGAAGCGGCUGAAAAUAGCAAUAGUGGCAGUGGCGAACCCAUUGCGAUGCUUGGGGGCACUGUAAUGCCCUGUGAAUCAUCAUCGGGACCCACUUUGGGUGUCAUCAAGCGUGAACUGGAGUCAAUCCAGUCAUCAAAUACCAACAACAUCAUGACACCAUCAUCCACAUCGUCAUCACCAACGAUUCUGCAGCAGCAGCCAAUCAAUUUGAAAUCAGAGGAUAACGAAAGGGAUGGUGAUCAUUCUCCGCCGGAAAGUCCACAUCACGUGGCAGCUUCACACAUGAACGAGCGUUUGGCCACGGGGCUAUUUAGUGCCUCGAUCCUCGGCGGAGAUCGGCCGCCGUCAUCUGAGCACGCAAAAGCGGCUGCUGCAGCCGCUGCUGUCGCUCAAGCCCAUCUAAAUGGAACUAUGCAGGGAAUGCUAAAUCUCCAGAAGCUCCAGAAUCUCGCCUCUAUUCAGCAUGCGUCAAUGCCGCCGUCACUUAGUGGACUUCAGGGGCUGGCGGCUGGUCUAUCAGGAUUGAAUUCGCCGCUGAAUUUGAGUGUGACGGGAAGUGGAACACCGACAGGCUGUAGCACUUCUGGCGCCGGCGGCAGUGCUGGAGAUGGUGGGCAACCACCCACAAUCGGAAGUGCACAGCUGCCGCAAUUAAUUCUAGCCUCGGGACAACUGGUGCAGGGCAUUCAGGGGGCGCAACUGCUAAUACCCACGUCACAAGGAAUUGCAACUCAAACCAUUCUCACAAUUCCUGUGAGCCAACAAGUCCACUCAAAUGAGCAAUUGGUGCAGCAUUUAGCGGCUCUGAGCAAUGGCAAUGCAAACUUAAAUGGUCCCGUGACACCGCCAAUGCUCAAUCGUCAUCUAUUGUCAAAUGGAGUCCAGCAACUUCUAUCUGCAGUCCAGCCGACGCUCUUUGGAGCCACAAGUCCCCACCAAACUAUGCCACAGGCUCCAGUAACACCUUCAGCUAGUGUCUCACCACGAAGAAUGGCAUCAGCGUCACCGCCACUUAGCCAUCAUGCCGGUCGCAGCCUCCAUACUUCGCCGAAAGCUAGUCCACCACGUGGAAGUAGCUCAUCGGGACAUCAUCCAUUUGAUAAACUACCAACAACAACAGCUACCAGUACUUCACAAGCCCCCCACUCGCCUCUCUACUCUGCCACGCCGUCCAAUGGCCAUGGAGCCGCCGGCGGGCAGCAAAUGACACCUGGAACUACGUCCCAGAGUCAAACAUCCUUACAUCAUACAGCAACAAGCACAAGCAGACACUCACCCAUUCCAACAGCUAUGAACAGGUUGUCCUCGCAAAAUGGGGAAAUAACCAUCACAAAGGCUCAUGGUCCAUCACCGAGCCAUAGUUCAUCGGGGUCUGGGUCAAAUCAUCCCUCAAGUCAACACACUGUGCCCCCCAUGAAGCUCAGUCCGUCCUCGAUGCACCUUUCGCCGACGGGAACCGACAAUUCCAAUGCGGAUUUCCUAGCUGACUCUCCAAAUGAGCCCACCAUAAAUCAAGCCACAUGCAAUGUGGUGGAUGGAAUUGACCUGGAUGAGAUCAAGGAGUUUGCCAAAGCAUUCAAAUUGCGACGACUUUCACUGGGAUUGACACAGACACAGGUCGGCCAGGCACUUUCGGUGACAGAGGGUCCGGCCUACAGUCAGAGUGCGAUUUGCAGCAGUGCCCUCGCCGCACAGAUGUAUGCAGCUCAAUUCUCGACGCAACAACAGGCUAUGUUCGAAAAACUGGACAUUACCCCAAAGAGUGCGCAGAAAAUUAAGCCAGUUCUCGAGAGAUGGAUGAAGGAGGCAGAAGAAAGUCACUGGAAUAGGUACAAAAGUGGACAGAAUCAUUUGACGGACUUUAUUGGGGUGGAACCAUCGAAGAAGAGGAAACGACGAACCUCUUUUACACCUCAAGCCCUUGAAUUGCUCAAUGCGCAUUUUGAGCGCAAUACACAUCCAUCAGGCACGGAAAUCACCGGUUUAGCUCAUCAAUUGGGAUACGAGCGUGAAGUAAUACGAAUUUGGUUCUGCAAUAAGCGUCAGGCCUUAAAGAAUACAGUUCGAAUGAUGUCCAAAGGAAUAGUAUAAUAAAGUAAAAUGAGGCAGUUAUCUCGCAGAUCUCAUCUCUUAGAGAUGACUAACGUUCAUUUCAUAUCAAAAAAGAAAAAAAACUAUCACUAUUAAAAAAACAACACUGUGUCAGGAGAUAAAAUUUAAGACACAAGUUACUUUGUAAGAAAAAUGAAAGAGUCCUCGACGAAACCUUAACAAGUGUAAAUAAAGAUGUACGAAAUAUUUGGAAAAUUUUACUUAGCUGUGUAAGAGAAUAAAAAAAAAUUGUUAUUAAAAGAUAAAUUUGCAUUUUGCCAUAAAAUAUAUAUUUUAUUUAAUUGUAAAUUUGUAUAAUUAGUUGGCAUGAAUUCGGAUGAGUAACUUGAAAAAAUACCAUGCAUUGCAAGUGUGAAGAAUUGAACUAUCUGACAAAGUUUCAUUUGAAAUUAAUUUUAGGUCACGCCCCCUUCAGAAGUUACGUGCUAAUUAAAGUUGAAAUGUUUGCAUUUUUAAUGAGUAUUAAUGUUGUGGUAUAGUACAGCACAAGAAAGGCAUCAUCACCAAUGCAAUUAUAGAAACGGUUCAAAGUAAUUCUUCUUGUGAAAAAUAGGCCACACCCCAAAUUACACUAAUAAAUAAAAGUAGAGGUAAUUUCAUAGAAUUUUUAAAGACUGUUGCAUUUUUCAAUAUUUCUAAUAUUUUUUUUGGAGAGUUGAUGAAAAUUUGUAGCUUGAAUAAGCAAAAUAUAAACAAGUGGGCGGGUCCUUGGCAUGGGCGUGGUUUUUGUUAAUUUUUCCAUUUUUUAUCUCUCAGAUUUUCUCUGUUUCAGGACAACAGAAAGAGGAUGAGGCUUCAAAAGUGACGUUAUCUAACUUUUGUUACAAAAUUUUACAAACUUGCGGCACCGUAUAUAAUAAUUAAGGGCUUUUCCAUUUGUACCAGAUAUUAUUUGAAAUUUAUAUUCAAUUUCUUUCCACUAAAUUUGCAUUUCUACCUAGAGGCGUGUCCUAAGUAUUUUGUGGAAGGCUCCUUUUGCCCCACCGAUAUUCGAACUUGUAAUUUUAUCUUGUCUAUAAAACAUUUACAAAAUCAUCUUUAAUUACCAACUAUUUCUGGGGGAGAUAUGAUCUAAAAUAAUUUUAGAUAAAGCCUACGCAUGAAGUCCUACAUUAUCUCUCUACAAAAUAUUCAAGUUGAAAAAAGUUACAUUCAUCUGAAUGAAGUCAAUUUGUAAUUUUAAUUGCAGACAAAACCACGCAAAAAAUGUUUCAAAAUCAACAUUGUGUCAUCAUUUAAGUUCAAAUUCAUGUACAGUAAUUUAUUAGCAUCAAAUUGAAUUUUAAAAUUUAGUUUUAGAGCUUUAGUUUUUAAUUCUCAAUUUGAUCCACUGUGGCCAUGGGACAAAAAUUAUUUUAAAACAAAUUAAAUUCAUAAUUUUUGUUAUUUAAUGGCAAAAAUAUGAGAAACCAAAGUUCCUAUACUUAUUAGAGAGAAUGAAAAAAAACAUGCGCGUUCUAAUGUAGAUUAUUUUAGAAUGAGAAAUGACGAAGAAUUUAUGUACGAUAGGAAAAUUUCCUAAAAAAAAGAAAAAAAAAGAGAAAUCUGUACAUAAAAGCAAAUUUUGAGUGUAUAGAAAGAGAAAUCAUUGUGGAAAGCAUCAAAUGAUAAAUAAAAUUACAGGACACGGCAUAAUUCCUUUUGAAUAUGUAUUAAAAAAAAACUUAUGUAGUAGUGAUUAAGUUUGAUUGUUGAGUUGAAAGAAGAUGAAGAAAAAUAAAAAAAAACUAUAGAACGGAAAUAAAAUAUCGAUUACCUUUAAUAAUAUUAUUUUGUCACUAGAAAAAAAAAACAUUUUCCAAUAUUUAUGACUACAGUAAAAAAAAUAUAAAAUCAUAUAAAAAAUGUAUAAAAAUUAAAAUCACGAGUAUUGUAUAGGGAUAAAACACUUAAAAAUCUGUCAGAUGUUCAGCUAAAAAAAAGAGAAACCUGAAAAGUGUCAGAGUAAUUCCUCUAUGAGGUAAAUAAAAAUUCACAAAAAAUAUCUUCUCAAUAUUCUGUAAAAAAAAUAUGAUUUUCAAAAAAUAUGAAAUUCACUAAAAAAAAACAUACGAGAAUCAUUUAAAACUUAUGAAUGUGAUUAGUAAUGUAUACCGAAAAAAAAGUGAGGAAUAAGAGAAAAAGUAUUUGCAAAAAAGGCAGAGAUCUUUCAACAAAUACACAUUACACAUUCAAGGAACACACACGUAAAUUUAGUCUUUAGAUAAUUGCUAAUGAUAAAAUGAUUCAUUAAUUUUAAAGAAUUUCUGUAAAAAAAGAAACACUUAAGUAAUAGAAUAAAAUUUAAAAAAGUAAAAAA